AUGUCUUGGUCUUACAGCCUCGACCAACAAUCAUUAUCUAUCUAUGCGUUUGACACACUAAUCGCAACUCGCGCUCAAGCCAGCAAGCCUACAACUUCGACAUGCAAUCUUUGCCUUCGUUCGAUAUAUGAACCACGCCUCCAGUCCUCACCUCCCUCUUUCCCACACAACUGCUAACCAUCAUCACCGACCACACACAUUUACACAAAUGCAAUGUUCGACGGCCCUUUCGACCCCUUCUUUGGCCCUCGCCGCCCCCGUAUCCAACGUCGCCAGCGCAACAGCUGGAACACAUCAUACACCUCCUGCUACGAAAACGAAGUCACCCCCUAUUCCUCCUACGAAGACAUGCGCGCCCUAGCUCUCGCUCCCCCACUCGGCCCUCGAAUCACCGAGACCCGCGUAUUUCACCCUCUGCCAUUCACAGACCUCCCGGGGCACGUCAACGCCUUGAUCCGUCGCGGUGCCACUCUGUCAACUUACCUGACGCAUCUUGCAGCUGUCAUGGAGCCGUUGACUAGUGUCAAGAUCGAAGAUAUGGGCAAGCUUGAGCUGAAGGAUGUCCUCAAGGAAGGGAAGAGCCUGGGCAAGGCGAUUGUGGAAUUUGAAGAGCAGUUCGAUGAGGUCAAAGAUUUGAUGGCGGGAUUGAUGACGGAGAAGAGGGGGGUGAUGAGGAAGUUGCAGGGUGGUGGGGAAAGGGGGGUGGGGAGGAAGGGUUGCAAGGAUGACUUCUAAGAGGCAUUCGACGCGGAAAUGCCCAACUUAAUGAAAAGCAGCAG